AUGAAGCUCAAUCCUGAGAAAUGCGCCUUUAGAGUAGGCUUGGGUAGAUUCCUGGGCUUCAUGGUCUCAAACAGGGGGAUCGAAAUCAAUCCCGAUAAAAUAAAGGCCAUCGAAGAGAUUACGGCGGUAAAUAAUGUAAAAGUAGUCCAGCGAUUAACGGGGCGGAUCGCGGCCCUAGGCAGAUUCAUAUCGAGAUCGUCAGAUAAAAGCCACCAUUUCUUUGCCCUGCUUAAAAGGAAGAACAACUUCGAGUGGACUUCAGAAUGCCAGCACGCCCUGGAGGAACUAAAACGAUACCUGUCCAGCCUGCCAUUGCUGCGCACGCCCGAGGAGGGUGAAACACUAUAUUUGUACCUGGCAGUAUCCGAAAUAGCGCCUUAUUUUAAGUGCCACCGAGUCUGCGUCCUGAAAACUUAUCCCCUCCGGAGUAUACUGCAUAAACCCGAGCUAUCAGGUCAAUUGGGUAAAUGGGCCAUCGAACUCGGAGGGUAUGACAUCAAGUAUCAACCUCGGACACCCAUUAAGUCCCAAAUCCUAGCAGAUCUCGUGGCUGACUUCUCGCCAGCCCUCGUACCCGAGGUAGAGAAAGAGCUUUUAUUAAAAUCAGGCACUUCCUCCAGAGUAUGGACCUUGUUCACGGAUGGCGCCACGAACGUAAGAGGCUCCGGACUCGGUAUAGUCCUGAGGCUGCCCGCCGGCGGCAUAAUCAGACAAUCCAUAAAAACCACGAAACUCACUAACAACGAAGCCGAAUACGAGGCUAUGAUUGCAGGUCUAGAUUUGGCCAAAGGUUUGGGAGCCGAUAUCGUAGAGGAAAAAUGCGACUCACUCCUCGUGGUAAGCCAAGUAAACGGAAGCUACGAAGCCCGAGAGGACAGGAUGCAUAGGUAUUUUGACAAAAUCCAAAUUGCGUUGCGUCGUUUCAAAGAAUGGAGUUUAGUACACAUAUCCCGAGAGCAAAAUUGCGAGGCCGGUGCCCCUGAAAACUUGGGAUCCUCCGCUGAAGAAGAAGACCUGCUCCCCGGAACAGUCAUCCAACUGUUCAAAUCUGCGGUCGAGGAUGGCCACACGGAAAUUAACUCUGCCAGCCUGACAUGGGACUGGAGAAACAAAUACAUCGUUUAUCUAAAAGACGGAAAACUGCCCACGAAUCCAAAGGAGUCAAGGGACCUGCGAACCAAAGCGGCCCGGUUCUCACUCGACGAAAAUGGGGCCCUUUAUAGGAGAACUUUCGAUGGCCCCCUGGCAAAAUGCUUGGGACCGGGCGACACGAAAUACGCGCUUUGA